AUGGAUAAGGGAAAGCUUGCUCAGCUCCUUGAGGGGAGCCAGGUCCCCAACACGGAGCAGGUCAAGGCCGUUACCGCCGAGCUCCAGAAGAACUUCUACACAAAGCCCGAGUCGCUUCUCGCCCUUGUCGAGAUCUCCCUCACAAAUGGAGACGCUGGUGUUCGACAGCUCGCCUCGGUCCAGGCUCUUCGUCUGAUUCCCAAGUUCUGGGAGAAGACCGCCCAGGACCAGCGACAGCUUGCCCGCAACCACCUUCUCGAGGGUGUCCUCAAGGAGUCCUCCGCCGGUGUCCGCCACUCCCUGGCCCGCCUUAUCGCUGGUAUCGUCAGCUCUGAUAUGGAGAACGGUGAGGGUGAGGAUUUCCUCAAGCACCUUCUUCCUCUCAGCAACAACGACAACGUUGUUGCCCGUGAGGUUGGUUCAUUCCUCCUCUACGCCAUCCUUGAGGAGGACCCUACCCACUUCGCCGACCACACACACGAGCUUCUCAAGCUCUUCCAGGCUCGCAUUGAGGACCCUCAGAGCAAGGAGGUUCGCAUCAACAUCGUCCGCGCUAUUGGUGCCAUCCUCAUGAUCGUCGAGCCUGAGGAGGACCCCGAGUCCCUCAAGGCCAUGCAGGGCUUUGUUCCUAGCCUGGUUAACAUCCUCAAGGCUACUGUCGAGACUGAGGACGAGGAGAGCUACAAGAUCGUCUUCGAGGUCUUCCACUCUUUCAUCGCCUACGACUCUUCUCUCCUUGCCCUUCAUCUCCGCGAUCUCCUCUCUUUCAUGAUCGAGCUUGGUGGCAACGUCAACGCUGAGGAGGAUGCCCGAUCUCAGGCUCUUGCUUUCCUCAUCCAGUGUGUCCGUUACCGACGCAUGAAGAUCCAGGGCAUGAAGGAUAUGGCUGCUGAGCUCAUGGUCAAGGCCAUGCACAUCAUCACCGAGCUUGAUGCCGACGAUGAUGAGGAGGACAUGUCCCCUGCUCGCACUGCCAUCAGCCUCAUCGACACUCUAUCCAACGAGCUCCCUCCCCGACAGGCCAUCGUGCCUCUGCUCGACCAGUUCCCCCACUUCGCUACCAACAACGACCCUAAGUACCGUAUGGCCUCUAUGCUCGCUCUUGGUAACGCCGCUGAGGGUGCUCCCGAUUUCAUCUCCACUCAGCUCCAGCCUCUUCUUCCCACCAUCAUCUCCCUCCUUGAGGACUCUGACCCUCAGGUCCGACAUGCCUCUCUGGUUGGUCUGAUCCACCUCGCUGAGGAGAUGGCCGAUGAGAUGUCCUCUCACCACGAGCAGAUCAUCGCUUCCGUUCUCAAGAACCUCGAGGCCGCCUCUCAGGGUCCCUCUGACAAGAAGAACGUUAGCAUCAUCCGCUGCGCUUGCGGUGCUCUCGACACCUUUGGUGAUGGUAUUGACACCAAGAUCAUGGCUCAGUACGGUCCUAACCUGAUCGGCCCUAUGGUCCGUCUCCUCGACCACGAGGACUUCGGUGUCAAGGCUGCUGCUGCUUCUGCCAUCGGUGCCAUCGCUUCUUCUAUGGAGAAGACGUUCGAGCCUUACUUCAAGGACGUCAUGACCUCUCUUGGCAAGUUCGUCUCUAUCAAGGAGGGCGAGGAGUCCCUGGACCUCCGAAGCUCCACUUGUGACAGCUUGGGCCGUAUCGCCAUGGCUGUCGGCUCCGAGGCUUUCCAGCCUUAUGUCAUGGACCUUAUGGCCGCCAGUGAGGAGGCCCUUAGCCUCGACAACCCCCGCCUCAAGGAGACCAGCUUCAUCUUGUGGUCUAACCUGUCCAAGGUCUACCACGAGCAGUUCGACCACUUCCUUCCUGGCGUCUUCAAGGGUCUUUACUCUUCCCUCGAGCUUGAGGAGGAAGAGAUCGAUCUCCCUGGUGUUGAUGCUGCCCAACUUGGCGACGGCUCUAUCGUCGUGGGUGGAAAGCGAAUUAAGGUCAAGGUUCCUGAUACUCAGGAUGAUCUUACCAUCGCCACUGGUGGUGAGGAGGACUGGGAUGACAUUGAGGACCUCGAUGAUCUCGAUGACCUUGGUGCCGUGACCGCCGUCGCUCUUGAGCAGGAGAUUGCUCUUGACGUUCUUGGUGAUGUCAUCUCCAACUCUUGCAACAGCGCCAACCUCGAGACAUACGUCGAGCAGACCAUCGAGAAGGUUUCUCCCUUCACCGAGCACACAUACGAGGGAUGCCGAAAGACCGCCAUCUCCACCCUCUGGCGCACCUACGCCCGCGUCUUCCAAGUCUGGGAGGAGAGCGCUGGUGUCAAGUGGGAGGCUGGUCUUCCUCCUAAGCACACCCCUCCUACCUCGCUCAUCAACAUGGGCCAGGCUCUUGAGAAGGCUACCAUGACCAUCUGGUCUGACGACAGCGAACGUUCCGUUAUCACCGAUAUCAACCGCAACAUCGCUGCCACUCUCAAGGCUUGUGGUCCUGCUCUCCUCGCUUCCAAGGAUGGUCUCCUCCAGGAGAUUGUUUCGGUCGUCAGUCUUAUCAUUACUCGAUCGCACCCCUGCCAGCAGGACCUUGGUGACGAGGAGGAGGAGCAAGAUGUUGACGCUGGUUCUUCUGAGUACGACUGGCUCGUCAUUGACACUGCUCUUGACGUUGUUGUUGGCCUUGCUGCUGCUCUUGGCAGCAGCUUCGGCGAGCUCUGGAAGAUCUUCGAGAAGCCUAUUCUCCGACUUGCCAGCUCCAACGAGGAUCUCCACCGAUCUACCGCUGUCGGCACAAUUGCCGAGAUCACCAAGUACUGUGGCGAGUCUAUCACUCCCUUCACUGAGUCUCUUGGCCAGGCCCUGGUUCGCCGCCUCACAGACCCUGACCCUCUGGCUAAGUCUAACGCUGCUUACGCCAUUGGUCUGGUUGUUCUCAACUCUGCCGAUACCGGCAAGACUUUCCCCAUGUACCCUCUCCUCUGGGAGAAGCUUGAGCCUCUCCUGACCGUCAACGAGAUGCGCAUGACUGACAACGUCGCCGGUGCUGUCUCUCGUAUGAUGACCAAGAACCCCAACAACGAGUUUGUUGCUCAGGCUCUUCCCGCCGUCGUCAACGCUCUUCCCCUCCAGGAGGAUUACGAGGAGAACGCCCCUAUCUACGAGAACAUCUUCAACCUCUACCAGCAGUCCAACCCCACCGUUGAGCAGCUUACUCCCCAGCUCGUCGGCAUCUUCGAGAAGGUUCUCAGCCCCCCUGAGGAGCAGCUCGAGCCCGAGACCCGGGAGAUUCUCCAGCGCACCGUCCAGAUGCUCUACAAGGCUAAGCCCGACCUCCUGGCCAACAACCCCGGCCUGGUCAAGCUCGCCGGCAUUCAGUAA